AUGGCUAUAGUUUUAAUAUAUGAUGAUAGACAUGGGAUUGUAAAGGAAAGAUUUAUCGGAGUUGUUCACGUGUUGGAUACAUCCUGUUUGACUCUUAAAGCCGCCAUCGAUACUAUUUUUUCCAACAACAACUUGACUAUCGAUCAGAUGAGGGGGCAAGGUUAUGAUGGAGCAAGUAAUAUGAGUGGUGAAUUCAACGGUUUGAAAUCUUUGAUUUUAAAUGAAAAUAGUUCCACACAUUAUAUACAUUGUUUUGCACACCAACUUCAAUUAGUAGUUCUGGCGGUUGCAAAGAAACAUGAUGAUGUUGAAGAAUUCUUUGAACAACUAGAUAUGACGCGAGAGAUGCAAAAAGAAAGAGUGGCAGCCGAAAUUGGUAUUGGUGAAACUGAAAGAAGAAGAGGGUUGAAUCAAGAGAUUUCUCUUGUUCGAGCUAGAGAUACUAGAUGGGGUUCACAUUUUAGAACAAUUGAAUUUGGGGAAAGAUUUAAUGAAGUUGGCACGGAGCUGAUGGAGAACAUGGCGGCUUUGAGUCCUUGUGACUCAUUUUCUAGUUUUGAUAAAGCAAAGCUAUUAUUAAAACUAACUUUGAUUUUGCCCGACGCAACCGCAACCGUUGAACGGUGUAUUUCUGCGAUGAAGUUCUUGAAGACCGAUUUGCGUAAUAGAAUAGGUGAUGAUUUUAAGAAUGAUGAUUUGAUUUGUAGUGUAGAAAAAGAAGCACUAGAGAAUGUUAAGACUAAAUAUAGAAAAGAUGCCUCCCAGAAAGAGACCCAACAGGAAGAACAACGAUCCUCCGCCGCCACCACCUCCUCAGUUCGAUCCUGCCAUGUUCUAGGCAGCAGUUACAGCCGUUGUGGAUGCCGCGAUGUCGCAGACUAA